AGCUUCUCAAAGAGGAUACCAAACAUCCCAGAUUUCAGAAUUGCAAGGUUGCACAUCUGCUGAGGAACCCGUGGCUGUAAUCAAUGGAGACCAAGCAGAGAUUGGAGGGUAAGGUGGCUAUAUUGACAGGAGGCGCCAGUGGAAUCGGAGCAGAAUCGGUGAAACUAUUCGCGGAAAACGGAGCAUCAGUGGUCAUUGCGGACGUUCAAGAUGAACUGGGUCACCAACUCGCAGCCUCAUCAUCCCCGCUUAAAGUGAGUUACCAUCACUGUGAUGUGAGAGACGAGAAACAGGUCGAGCAAACCAUAGCCUUCGCCGUCCACAAAUACGGCCGCCUCGACGUCAUGUUUAGCAACGCCGGGAUCGAUGGUUCCCUCGCCGGCAUACUGGACCUCGACCUGAACGCAUUUGACAACACCAUGGCCGUCAACGUCCGCGGCGUGGCUGCCACCAUCAAGCACGCUGCUCGAGCCAUGGUGGCUGCAAACACUCGCGGCUCCAUAAUCUGCACAGCCAGCGUGGCUGGUUCCAGGGGCGGAAGCGCGCCCUUUGGUUAUACCGCAUCCAAGCAUGCUCUGCUUGGUCUUGUUCGCUCUGCUUGCAGCGAGCUCGGGGCUUAUGGCAUCAGAGUGAACUGCGUAUCGCCAUAUGCGGUGGCCACACCUCUUACGUGCCGAUAUUCCAAUAAGAGUGCAGAUGAAGUUGAAGCCAUUGGCAUGUUUAGUGCCAAUUUGAAGGGAAUCCCAUUGAAGGCUACUCAUAUUGCUGAAGCUGCCCUUUUUCUUGCUUCUGAUGAAUCUGCCUAUGUCAGUGGGCUUGAUUUGACGGUCGAUGGAGGCUUCAGUGUCGUUAAUCGUUUGCUUCUCGCUAGCGAUUAAAACAUCAAUUAAAUGGCUUUUCUCGGUUGUUCUUUAAGGUCUAACUAAUGUUAUUGCCAGCAUCAAUGUGUUAUAUGAAUAAGCCCAGACCAGAUGAUAUCGUCCGGGACAAGUUAUUGCAUGGAACCCAGCUAGAGGCGAUGAGCUUGAAGAUGUUCCCUCUACAUUGCCAAAUCGAAGGGGGAUCACAUUGAAGUUUCUACAUACCAUAGUGCAGACGCUGCUUUGUUUUUCUUGCCUCUGAUGCAUUGAUUUGUAGUAGUGAAUCGUAGUUUCUUCUAGCCGUCUCAAUGUCUCAUGCCUUCCUUCAUGCUUGUUGAUGAAGACUUAAAAGAUAGUUUGAACUUUGAUUUUGCUUUGUA